AACAGCACUGAUUAACAAUCCACUCCUCCACCUCACCUCUCUCCAGCUCCCAGCUCCCCUCUUAUACCCCCCAUACCCACCUCCCAAAGCGACCCCUAGAUACCUGCCAAAAUGCCACCCUCAACCAAAGAACCCCGCGCCUCCAUAAUCGGCCCCGCCUCGGGACCUGAAGCUCCCUUUCCCCUCCGCAUGCGCGGCGCAGUCGAAAAGGGUUUCGGACGGGGUUCUAAAGAACUCGGCAUCCCCACCGCCAACCUCCCCGUCACCUCCGCCGCCUGGAUCGCGACCGCUGAGUCAGGUGUCUACUUCGGGUGGGCGUCUCUCCAGCUCUCCUCCUCGCACCCCUCGCACCCUGCGAACGAUAAGGAGGCCGAUAAGGACGCUGCGGAGUUCGUGCCGGAGGAGAAACAAAAAGAGGGGUGGAGGGUUUUCCCGAUGGUGAUGUCGAUUGGGUAUAACCCGUUUUAUGGGAAUACCGUGCGGUCUGCUGAAGUCCACAUAAUGCACCCCUUCCCCGCCGACUUCUACGGCACCCAAAUGGCCCUCAGCAUCCUGGGCUACAUCCGUCCGGAAUACGAUUACGUCGAUAAGGAGAGCUUGGUCAAGGAUAUUAGGGAGGAUAUGGCGGUUGCGGAGCGCAGUCUGGAUAGGGAGGAGUGGAGGAAGAGGAGGGCGGAUGGGUGGUUGUGGGGGGAGGAGGAGUGAGGGUGAAUGAGGGUAUGGGUAUGGGUGUCAGCGAAGGGAAGGGAAGGGGAAAAUGAUACAACUGGGUCGAUGGUGGGGAAUGGGGUUAGAUCGUUCUAGAAUGUAAUUGAUUCCAUAC